UAGGAUAGAUCUCUUAGCUCGAGAUUGUGACCUCCGUCAUCUUCCUCACAUCUGUUGCCUGACACAGCUCAAGCUCGCUCUGAUCACAGCCCAAGUUCAGUUUCCCCUGAAGGGAACAAAAACAAGGAGAAUCCUUAAUUCAGAUCGGACCCUUUAUGUGUAGUAAAGUUCAAGCUUGAUGAACCUAAUGUCAAGCACCUUGGGUGAAGGAUUUGGCUUCAUAGAGAGUGAGAAAGGUUCUAAUAGUCGAAAUUUUGAUGAGCAUGAAACAAAAGAAGAUGAGCUUUUGGAGUUUUGUGAUUCACAAGUAGAUGGGAAUAAUGAGAUGACACUGAAAGAAAUGUCUAGAGAAGAGUUAACUCCAAAUGAUGAACCCUUAGAACCAUACACUGGAAUGUCAUUUAAUUCAGUAGAUGAUGCAAGGGAGUUUUAUAGUGCAUAUGCGAAACAUAUAGGUUUCACAGUACGCACAAAUCGUAUUCGACAUUCGCAGAAAAACAGGACAAUUAUAGCUCGGGACUAUGUUUGCUCGCGAGAAGGUUUUCGUGCAGCAAAACAUACACUUAGAAAAGAUAGGAUUCUUCCACCAAGGCCCAUCACAAGAGAAGGAUGUAAAGCAAUGAUACGGGUAGCUGCGAGGGAUGGUAGUAAAUGGGUUGUCACAAAGUUUGUACCUGAGCACAAUCACAAUCUAAUGACUCAAAGUAAAGAACCAGGUCAACGACCCAGUCUGAGUGAGGUAAGUUUGAGAUCAGCUAUUAUAGAUGAUUGCAGUUAUUAAUAAUCCUCCCAUAAUUCUUUCCCCCCUUUUGUAUAGCUUUAUACCUGGAAUUAGGGUACCAUAACAGAAUUUCAAUCUGACUGUGAAAAAGUUGUCCUUUUCAUUUUCCUAGUUCUUAUAUUAAUGAAC